AUGGCGACCACAAUCCCCGUCGACCCCUCCCUCAACUCAGCCAAAACCCUGCAACUCGAAAACACACACAACCGCGACGUACUGAUUGAGAUCGAGAAGAAGUACCAGAAGAAAUGGCAGGAAGACAAAGUCUUUGAGUCAGAUGCGCCAACAACAGAAGAAAUCCCAUUCGGUUCGGCAUCAGCGAGCGACAUCCGAACCAAACACCCCAAAUACUUCGGCACGUUUGCAUACCCAUACAUGAACGGCACUUUGCACGCCGGCCACUCCUUCACGGUCAGCAAAGUCGAGUUCACCGCCGGUUUCAACCGUCUGCAGGGCAAGCGGGUCCUGUUUCCUCUCGGCUUCCACUGCACGGGCAUGCCCAUUAAAGCCUGCGCGGACAAGCUCGUAGAAGAUGUGCGCCGCUUCGGCCAGAACUUUGAACGUUUCGACGACGAAGAAGGCGAGAAUGUACCAGAGAACGGCGUUCCCGUUGCCCCAACACAAGACGUCAACGUCAAAGAGGACAUCACCAAGUUCAAGAGCAAAAAGGGCAAAGCCGCAGCCAAGACAGUCAAGACCAACUACCAAUUCCAGACGAUGCUCACCAUGGGUAUCCCCCGAGAAGAAAUCCACAAGUUCUCCGACGCCAACUACUGGCUCGAGUACUUCCCGCCUUUGGCCAAGCAAGACCUGAUCGAUUUCGGCGCGAGGAUAGACUGGCGGCGGCAGUUUGUGACGACGGAUGCGAAUCCUUACUACGAUGCAUUCGUGCGGUGGCAGAUGAAUCGUUUGCAUGAAGCCAACAAGAUCUUGUACGGCAAGCGAUAUACUAUCUACUCGCCCAAGGAUGGGCAGCCGUGUAUGGACCAUGAUCGGACCAAGGGCGAGGGCGUAGGACCGACUGAGUACACGGCGUUGAAGUUGAAGGUCAAAGAAUGGGCUCCAAAGGCACAGGAGGCCAUUGGAAGCUCGAUACCGAAAGAUGCGAAUGUGUACUUUGUGCCAGCGACGUUGAGGCCGGAGACGAUGUACGGUCAGGUGUGUUGCUUUGUGGGGCCGAACAUCAAGUAUGGAGUCUUUAAGGCGAGCGAAAUGGAGUACUAUGUCGUCACAAAGCGAGCAGCGUGGAACAUGUGUUUCCAGGGCAAGUUCUUCCCAGACGACGAGUCAAAGUUCCCACGCGAUCAGAAGGAGCUGCAGCCAGUCGUUGAGCUGCCGGGCUCGGCGUUCGUUGGCACUCUGAUCAAUGCGCCGCUAUCGGUCCAUACAGAUGGUGUCAGGAUCCUGCCGAUGGAAUCUGUCUCUGCAACAAAGGGCACAGGUGUGGUCACUUCAGUGCCAUCAGACAGUCCUGAUGACUUUGCAACAAUGCGCGAAUUGGCGAAGAAAGCAGACUUCUAUGGCAUCAAGAAAGAAUGGGCUGAGCUCAAGAUGCUCCCCAUCAUCGACACGCCCGCCUAUGGCAACCUUGCUGCACAACACCUCGUCGAAAAGAUGAAAAUUCAAUCGCCCAAAGACACCGCCGCCCUAGCCGAGGCAAAAGACCUCGCUUACAAAGAAGGCUUCUACAACGGCACCAUGCUAGUCGGGCAAUUCAAAGGCGAAAAGGUCACUGACGCCAAAGACAAAGUCCGAGCAGCCCUAAUCUCCUCCAACGACGCCUUCCCCUUCGCCGAUCCCUCCGGCGAAGUCAUCUCUCGCUCCGCCGACGAGUGCGUAGUCGCCAACAUCCCCCAAUGGUUUCUGAACUACGGCAUCAAUGACCCUGAAUGGCAGAAGACCGUCCUCGAAUACGUCAAAUCAGCCACCGGCCUCGAGACCUACGCCCAAGAAACCGAAAACCAGUUCGUCGCCAACCUCGAAUGGCUCAACCAAUGGGCAUGCGCCCGCACCUACGGCCUCGGCAGCAAACUCCCCUGGGACCCCAAGUUCCUCGUCGAGUCCCUCUCCGACAGCACAGUCUACAUGUCCUACUACACUAUCGCGCACAUGCUACACAGCGAUCGCUUCGGUAAAACCCCGGGGACACUUGACAUCAAGCCAGAGCAGAUGACCGACGAGGUAUGGGACUACAUCUACACGCGCACAAGCGACAUUGCGUCCGUCUCCAAAACCUCUGGUCUCUCAGAAGAGAAGCUGCGCAGCCUGCGCCGCUCCUUCGAAUACUGGUACCCCCUCGACAUGCGCUCCUCCGGCAAAGAUCUAAUCCCCAACCACCUCACCUUCUUCCUGUACAUCCAUCUCGCCCUCUUCCCCCGCGAGUACUGGCCCGUUUCGGUCCGCGCCAACGGCCACUUGUUGCUCAAUGGCGAGAAAAUGUCCAAAUCGACGGGAAACUUCCUCACCUUGGGCCAAGCAACCAAGAAGUUCGGCGCAGACGCCACCCGAAUCAGUCUCGCGGACGCAGGCGACGGCAUGGAGGACGCGAAUUUCGAGGAGAAGGGCGCUAAUGCGGCGAUUAUGCGCUUGUACACUUUGAAAGAGUGGAUCGAGGGCACCCUCAAGGAUUCCGAGCUGCGGGGUGAAUCUGGGAGUGUGGUGUGGGAUAAGUUGUUUGAAGACGAGAUGCACCUCCUCGUGCGCGAGGCGGAGGCGCACUAUGCUGCGACGAACUACAAGUUGGCACUCAAGUCGGCCCUCUACGACUUCCAAUCCGCCCGCGACUUCUACCGCGAAGCCUGCCUGUCCUCGGGCAUACCGAUGUCCCGGCCCACAAUCCUCAAGUACGUCGAGCUGCAGGCCCUAAUCAUCUCCACCAUCGCGCCGCAUUGGGCGGAGUACAUGUAUCUCGAAGUCCUGCACAAGCCGACCUCAAUCCAGCUCGCCCGCUGGCCAAAGGUGCCGGAUGCAGACCGCGCUCUGACCGCGAUGAGAGAGUACGUCAAAACAACCACCUCAAACAUCACCUCCGCGGAAGCGCAAGCUUCGAAGAAGAUGGCAAAGGGCAAGGCUACCGCCUUCGACCCCAAGAAGCCGAAGCAGUUGACGGUGUUUGUCGCGGAUAGCUGGCCUGCGUGGCAAUCAAAAUACGUCGACCUCAUUCGGAAGAUGUUCGAAGAACACAAGAUCGAGGACGGACCGGGGAGCGAUAAGGAGUUGAAUGCAGCGGUGGCGAAGAUGGCGGGCAAGGGCCCGGAGAUGAAGAAGGCGGUGCCGUUUGCGAAGGGGCUGAAGGCGCAGGUCCUUGCUGAGGGAGGAGACGUCUUGAGCGGUGACCGGAAGUUGCCGUUCGAGGAAGAGGAGCUGUUGGGCGAGAUGAAGCGUGGUCUAAUGAAGACAACGGGUUGCAAGGAGGUUGUGAUCAAGGUCGUCAAGGAGGGCGAGAAGGACUUGCCGCAGAUCUCGGAGAAUGCUGUGCCGGGAAGUCCAGCGUUCUUGUUUGAGAACGUUGAGGUCUAA